AAAUGGAUACUUCUCCAUCCAAACAAUCUCCAGUUAAAAAACGGGUGAAAAUACAUCCCAACACAGUCAUGGUGAAAUAUACCUCUCAUUAUCCCCAACCUGGGGAUGAUGGGUAUGAAGAAAUCAAUGAAGACUAUGGCAAAUUUAUGGAAGAAAAUCCAAAGAAAAGCCUGCUGAGUGAAAUCAAGAGGAAAGGAAGAACUUUGUUUGGAACCAUGGACACUCAGCCUCCACUAACAGAAGAUUUAAGAGCCAGUGGGAUAGCACAAUUCCACAGUUUUGCAGAAAAAAACAUUUUUCAGUCCCGAAAAAUGUGGAUAGUGCUGUUUGGGUCUGCCUUGGCUCAUGGAUGUGUGGCUCUUAUCACUAGGCUUGUUUCGGAUCGUUCUAAAGUUCCAUCUUUAGAACUGAUCUUUAUCCGUUCCGUGUUGCAGGUCUUAUCGGUGUUAGUUGUGUGCUAUUACCAGGAAGCUCCUUUUGGACCCAGCGGAUACAGAUUACGGCUUUUCUUUUAUGGUAUAUGCAAUGUUAUUUCUAUCACCUGUGCUUAUACCUCCUUUUCAAUAGUUCCUCCCAGCAAUGGGACCACGAUGUGGAGAGCCACAACCACAGUUUUCAGUGCCAUUUUAGCAUUUUUACUUGUGGAUGAGAAAAUGGCUUAUGUUGACAUGGCUACAGUGGUUUGCAGUAUCUUAGGUGUUUGUCUUGUCAUGAUUCCCAACAUUGUUGAUGAAGACAAUUCCUUGUUAAAUGCCUGGAAAGAAGCCUUUGGGUACACGAUGACCGUGAUGGCUGGACUGACCACUGCUCUUUCUAUGAUAGUGUACAGAUCCAUCAGGGAGAAGAUCAGCAUGUGGACUGCAUUGUUCACCUUUGGUUGGACUGGAACCAUCUGGGGAGUUUCUACUAUGUUUGUUCUUCAAGAACCUAUAAUCCCUCUAGAUGGAGAAACGUGGAGCUAUCUCAUUGCUAUAUGCAUCUGUUCUACUGCAGCAUUCUUAGGAGUUUAUUAUGCCUUAGACAAAUUCCAUCCAGCUCUGGUCAGCACAGUACAGCAUCUGGAGAUUGUGGUAGCUAUGGUCUUACAGCUUUUAGUGUUGCACAUAUUUCCUAGUGUUUAUGAUGUUUUUGGAGGUGUGAUCAUUAUGAUUAGUGUAUUUGUCCUUGCUGGCUAUAAACUGUACUGGAGGAAUGUAAGGAGGGAAGAUUAUCAAGAAAUACUGGACUCUCCCAUUAAAUGA